AUCCAAAAUCCAUUCCAGAUUCCGCGCAGAAUCACAGCUAAAUGCUAAUCCAAUCACUUUCGAUCGUCGUUGAGCACUUGAACCACUCAGCAAUGGCCUUGUGUGGACUCUCUAAUCCUUCUUCUUCACACCAUUCCCACCUUCUUCACAAUCUCGCUGCAACUCCUCCACACAGAAAGCCAAAAGCCUCGUUUUCGUCCCCCACGUUAUCCCCUCCACUGGCAGUUUCUCUGGGAAGAAGAAUUCUCAGCCUCUCAAUUGUCGGAUUUGUAGCAUCACUGGAGCUUCCCUUGUGCUUGCCCAUGGCCCUUGCCUCGCCGGCGCCGGAGCCGGAGCUUGUUAGUUACACUGAUUCCCAAGAAGGCUUCACUCUCCUCGUGCCUUCUUCCUGGAUUAAGGUAGACAAGGCAGGGGCAACAGUUCUUUUUGAGGAUCCUAACAAGAAGGCAAACAAUGUAGGUGUAGUGGUGAAUCCGACUCGCAUUUCAAGUCUCAGUGAAUUUGGGACUCCUGAAUUCGUAGCGGAUAAGCUUAUUCAGGCUGAAAGGCGCAAGGAAAGCACAAAGGAAGCUGAGGUCAUUUCUUUCUCGGAGAGAUCGGGCCAGGCUGGCACUAAAGUAUAUGAGUUUGAAUAUAAGGUCGAUAGCACCAGAGGAGGGCUGAAAAGGAUCUUUUCUGCUGCUUUUGUGGCAUCUAAGAAGCUCUACCUUUUGAAUAUUACACAGUCUGAUGGAUUAGAAAACUCGCUGGAUGUGGAAAGGAGAAUGAUGCUGGAACAAGUUCUGCAUUCAUUUGAUGCCAUUUCUUCAACCUGAAGAGGAAACAAAUGGUAGUUUUUUAAUCAUGAUGGAUCAACUUCUUGUAUUGCAUCCUCGAGCAAAGCAAUUGAGGUAAAUUGAAGCUGCUCUCCUAAGGUCUCACUGCUUUAUCCAGACGAAUGAUGGACUGGACAGAUUAAACCGUAAAUACUAAAUAUUCUUUCAACGGGCAUUCGUGUAUUGGCUUCGCGUAUAAGUAACUUAAUUCCAGGUAUAUGUAUGUACUUUAAUCAUUCAUUCAUUCUAAUAUAGCUAGAGGUUUUGGAUCAUGUUUGUUGCAAUUCCCAGUAAAAGGUUUUAUUUAUCCAACGGGUGCUGUUCUGCUAAGCAUUCCUUGCCACAUUCAGAAGGAUUCAUAUACACUCUUUUGAAUGUUAAUCCAAGGAAUUUAGUGCUGAAUAAAUUGACGUAA